AGUGCGUACUCUCUGGGGCUCCCGAGAGAUCAAGGGCGCGCAGGGGCGAGAGGGCUAGCCGGGCCCCUGCUCUCGGCUCCGGAGGUCGGAAGCGAGUAGGUUGCAGCCUCCCGAGGGGAGAGCGCUCUCGAGUGGAGCGGGAAGGAGCGCCCGCCCGCCGCCUCCCUGGCGGUAGCUCUCCUGGCUCCCAGGAUUGCGGGCUGCUCCUCCCACCCGCUCCAGCCUCCUCGGUCGCUCACUCGCUCCCGCCGGUCUCCAAGCCCGGCCGUGCGCCCAGCGACUGCAGAUCGAGGGGCCCCGGCGCCAGCCUGAGCCGGGGCAGGGGUCCCCGCAGCGCGCAGCCAGCCGGGGAGGGGCCAUGUCCCGCGCGGGCACAACGGGGCCGGUCUGCGGCAAGUGACUGAGCGGCGUGGACGCCGCUGCCCCCCUCCGCCACCUGGGGCGGCGCGGGCCCCAGCGCCCGGAGCCCAGUGCCCGGGCGGAGCGGAGAGCCGGCGCGAUGCACGUGCACUCACUGCGCGCCGCGGCGCCCCCCAACUUCGUGGCGCUCUGGGUGCCUCUGCUCCUGCUGCGCGCCGCCCUGGCCGACUUCAGCCUGGACAACGAGGUGCAUUCGAGUUUCAUCCACCGGCGCCUCCGCAGCCAGGAGCGGCGUGAGAUGCAACGGGAGAUCCUCUCCAUCUUGGGCUUGCCUCAUCGCCCGCGCCCCCACCUCCAGGGCAAGCACAAUGCUGCGCCCAUGUUCAUGUUGGACCUGUACAACGCCAUGGCGGUGGAGGAGGCCGGCGGGCCCGACGGCCAGGGCUUCUCCUACCCCUACAAGGCCGUCUUCAGCACCCAGGGUCCCCCUCUGGCCAGCCUGCAAGAUAGCCACUUCCUCACCGACGCAGACAUGGUCAUGAGCUUCGUCAACCUUGUGGAACAUGACAAGGAGUUCUUCCACCCCCGCUACCACCACCGGGAGUUCCGUUUUGACCUUUCCAAGAUCCCAGAAGGAGAAGCCGUCACCGCAGCGGAAUUCCGCAUCUACAAGGACUACGUCCGGGAGCGCUUCAACAAUGAGACGUUCCGGAUCAGCGUUUACCAGGUGCUGCAGGAGCACAUGGGCAGGGAGUCUGACCUGUUCCUGCUCGACAGCCGGACCCUCUGGGCCUCGGAGGAGGGCUGGCUGGUGUUUGACAUCACGGCCACCAGCAACCACUGGGUGGUCAACCCCCGGCACAAUCUGGGCCUGCAGCUCUCGGUUGAGACUCUGGAUGGGCAGAGCAUCAACCCCAAGUUGGCAGGUCUGAUUGGGCGGCACGGGCCCCAGAACAAGCAGCCCUUCAUGGUGGCCUUCUUUAAGGCCACGGAGGUCCAUCUGCGCAGUGUCCGCUCCGCGGGAGCCAAGCAGCGCAGCCAGAACCGCUCCAAGACGCCCAAGAACCAGGAGGCCCUGCGGAUGGCCAACGUGGCAGAAAACAGCAGCAGUGACCAGAGACAGGCCUGUAAGAAGCACGAGCUGUACGUCAGCUUCCGUGACCUGGGCUGGCAGGACUGGAUCAUUGCUCCUGAAGGUUAUGCCGCAUACUACUGUGAGGGGGAGUGUGCUUUCCCUCUGAACUCCUACAUGAACGCCACCAAUCACGCCAUCGUCCAGACGCUGGUCCACUUCAUCAACCCAGAAACAGUGCCCAAGCCCUGCUGUGCCCCGACCCAGCUCAACGCCAUCUCUGUCCUCUACUUUGAUGAUAGUUCCAACGUCAUUCUGAAGAAGUACAGAAACAUGGUUGUCCGGGCCUGCGGCUGCCACUAGCCCCUCCGAAGGAGCCGAACGUGGGGCCAUGUU